AUGCCCACUUCCGGUCCAGAGCUCACGAAGUUCCUCGAGACGCUGUAUGGGAAGGAGUCGGGCUCCUACCCCCCCGGAACGCGGCUAUGGGUAUCUGGCAAGUGGCCCGGUGUCGCUUGGAGCCUUUCCCUCUGCAAUAAGGGCGUGGCGGCCGCCCUGGUGCUGAGUCGCCCGGCGGCCACCACGACAGUACUGGUGAGGUACUACGGGGAGCACACCACCGCCUGGGUGACAGCAGGACGAUGCCAGCCCUUUGCAAGCUGCGAGGAUGAGGAACGCGCGCAGCAUGCGGCUCUGGCGGCCUGGUGCCAGAAGACGGGAAGGCGAGUGGUACAGCAGCUGCAUGCGACGGAGGAGGAGCUGGAGUCGAGCUCCACUGACCCGGCUCAAGAGGCGGCACGCAUGGCAUCCCUGUACGAGAGGCACACCCGCGCCUCCCAGUCCUUUGCUCGCUGCUAUGCCUGCCAGGGCGCCGAAGCCCAGCUGGCGUGCAGCACCUGCCGCCGCUGGUUCCACACGCUGUGCCUGGAAUGCCCUUCCCUGGGGCCGCAAUUUGUCCCCGCACAGCGCUGGGUCUGCCCAGGCUGCAAGACAGAGCAGCAGGCAGCGACCAGCAAGCGACAGAGCGAAGAUGCUGACGAGGACGAGUCUGAGAGGAUGGGGCUGACCCCGGACUGGAUCAUCGAAACCGUAUGCUUUGGUGUGUUUGGGCUGCAGCGCCCCACUGCCGAGGUUCCAUUCAUCAAGGGACUGCUGGACCCGUGCAGCAACUCCCGGGUUGCCCCAAACAUCCCCGCCGAGGUCCUGUACGACAAGCAUGUGGGUGCGGGAGUGGAGGACAAUGGACUGGCUCUGAAGAACGAGUGGAAAGGAUUCUACAUCCUGCUGAAUCCUCCCUUCCACUCACAGAUGCAGUGGCGGUUUGUCAACCGGGCCAUCGAUGCCGUCGAGCGUGGCGAGGUCCCUGGCGUGCUGCUGGUUUGCCGCAACAGCACCGAUGCAAACUAUUUUCAGCGACUGCGGCCCUACCCCAGGGUCCUGCUGGGGAGGAAGUGCGCCCUGUUCAAGGACUAUGACAAGUCACCAAACGGCUUCGGCAUCGCAGCUGUCAUGCUGGCCAAGCGGGAGCGCACUGACCUGUACCUCAGGUUCUACGAUGCAUUCGAGAGGUUUGGGGAGCCCUCCAUCCCCAUCGACCGUACAUUCCUGCUUUCCGGGGAGUUCUCUGAGCUCCUGGGCCGGCUGCGGGAGUAUGCUGACGAGCACCACCGCGAUCACUGGGCGAUGUGCAGUGCAUGUGGGCGCUGGCGCAUCGUUGACUAUGAGCAGUUGCAGGGCAUCAAGGACGCGACCGCCUGGAAGUGCACCAUGCUCAGGUCUGGGGGGAGCUGCAACGAUCCCCUGACGCGGCGGGAGGCACAGGGCGACAAAUACGCCCCCGGCGAGCCAGAGCCCGUUGUGGUGGUCUCCAAGCCAUUGCCUCUGACUGAAGUGCACCAGCGCUGGCAGUGCAUCAUGCACGAGCAGUUCCCUGUGCCCAUGUACUCCUGA